AUGGAGCCCAUCAAGGUCCAAUCAGAAGGUGGACUGAAUGUGACCCUCACCAUCCGUCUGCUGAUGCACGGCAAGGAGGUUGGGAGCAUCAUAGGAAAGAAAGGAGAAACGGUGAAGAAAAUGCGUGAAGAUAGCGGUGCACGUAUCAACAUCUCAGAGGGGAACUGCCCUGAGAGAAUAGUCACCAUCACCGGGCCGACGGACGCUAUUUUCAAGGCCUUUGCCAUGAUCGCCUACAAGUUUGAAGAGGAUAUAAUCAACUCUAUGAGCAACAGUCCAGCCACCAGUAAACCCCCUGUAACCCUGAGGCUUGUCGUCCCGGCCAGCCAGUGCGGCUCGCUCAUCGGGAAAGGAGGCUCCAAAAUCAAAGAAAUGAGAGAGUCCACAGGAGCUCAGGUGCAGGUUGCAGGCGACAUGCUCCCCAACUCCACUGAGCGAGCGGUGACGAUUUCAGGGGCCCCAGAAGCCAUCAUCCAGUGUGUCAAACAGAUAUGUGUGGUGAUGCUGGAGUCCCCACCGAAAGGUGCCACCAUCCCCUACCGCCCCAAGCCUGCCUCCACCCCUGUCAUUUUUUCAGGUGGCCAGGUAAGAGCAGACCCACUGGGGGCGUCCACAGCCAACCUCAGCCUCUUACUGCAGCACCAGCCACUGCCUGCUUAUACCAUUCAAGGACAGUACGCCAUCCCUCAUCCAGAUUUGAGCAAGCUCCACCAGUUGGCUAUGCAGCAAACCCCCUUUACCCCCCUCGGACAGACCACCCCUGCCUUCCCCGCAGCAGGUCUGGAUGCCAGUAACCAGGCCAGUACUCAUGAACUCACCAUUCCCAAUGAUCUAAUAGGCUGCAUAAUCGGACGCCAGGGAACCAAAAUCAACGAGAUCCGUCAGAUGUCUGGGGCGCAGAUCAAAAUUGCUAACGCCAUGGAAGGGUCAUCGGAGCGCCAGAUCACCAUCACAGGGACCCCCGCCAACAUCAGCCUGGCCCAAUACCUCAUCAAUGCAAGGUUCAGAGACGUGGCGGCUAUGUGGAACGACCCAUCUUCCAUGACCACAUCCUGAGAUCCCUGACUGGCUCCUCCGUUUGGCCCUUUCCAAUGACUGACUACCGCAGACAACCCUGAUGAAGCCCUUCGGACUCUGGCUCUGGCUCUCCGAAAAUGCUGACGGCCCUCCCGCCUUGACUCAAAGUUCUUCACGCGUCAGGGAGGGUUGGGCACUCAUUCUGAUUUCAGAGAGCCAAAUUGAUUAAUUUAAAAAAAAGAAAAAGAAACUUUCUCUGUUGAUUAGGUUUUUUAGAGAACUGUUGAAGCAUGUUGAAUGUUUAUUAGGAAAAACUUGUGUUAAUCUUUCUUCUUCUUUGCUCUCUAUCUAUUGCUUUCUCUCUCUCUCUCUGUCAGUGCUGCGUCAUAGAACAUCAUUUAAAGUAAACUAAAGUACUAGUUAAAGAUUGACAAUUUUGUAGAACGUAGUUAUUCGCAGAUUACAGCUGCUCAGUGAUGCUAUCGGCAGAGUGUGUGGUGGGAUGUAGCCAAAUUAUCAAAUUUUGAUAAUAUAUCUUAAAACGCUAAAAACAUUGGACUGUUCUACUUUUGUCCUAAUUUGCAUCUUUGUAUACUCUACAAAUCCAAUCUCUACCCAUGACUCUUUGCUGCAUCACAUGACCCUUUUAAGCCAAUGGUAUCACUCCUAGAGCCUCCCUUCUCAUGUUUAUUUCCUAUAUUUACAUUAUUGCUUAUAUUGCAUGUGUUCAGUGUUGUAUUGUUGUGUAUUUGAGUAUUCCUGUUCAGUGUACGUGUUCCUACAAAUGUUAUUAUUAUAUCUUUGAGCUCCUGUUCUUUUUCCACAAACUUUUCAGCAUUUUUGGCCAUUCACGUCUAGUCCUACUCCCUGCCCAGAUGAAAAACUUCCCGACAUAGCCUCCUUCUAUUAACACUGAUUAUUAGUAUAUAGAUGCAUGAAUGGGAAUUAGUGAAAAUCAGUCGCUACAACACUGAAACUGAAAAUUUAAAUGAUUGUUUACUAACUUAGUAUUAUACUGUAUUUGUUUUGUACAAUGACUAUUGUGACUUAGCAUAAUAGUCGACUACGCGGCGCUCAUGCAAUAGACUAUUCAACACUUUACUCUGGACUGCCUCUGAUAUGGGAGGAGUAAGUUGGACUUAAAAGCCAAGUGUUGCGUCCAAACCUUUUCGACUUCUUUCCCUUCUUUCAGGGCGUUUUUUGCUAGGCUGCUGGCAAACAUAUUUUCAAUUUUUUUAGGCUUUUUAAAAGAGUGAAGAAACAAGGGUAAGAAGCCGACUCCUUUACGUUUGGACAAAGCCAAAUGGUAUUUUUUGGGCCAAGGAAUGUUCAGGGGUU